AAGGAGGGGCGUUGCGCGCGGACGCGGGCGGGGCCUGGGCCGCUCCCUCCCCUCCCCCCGCCCCGCCCCGCCCCCCGCGCUUCCUCCGCUUUAGGUUUCGCUUCCGCCUCUAGCGCGAGCUCCGCCGCCGCCGAGCAUGGACGACCCCGACUGCGACUCCACCUGGGAGGAGGACGAGGAGGAUGCGGAGGACGCGGAGGACGAGGACUGCGAGGACGGCGAGGCCGCCGGCGCGAGGGACGCGGACGCGGGGGACGAGGACGAGGACGAGGAACCGGAGGAGCCGCGGGCGGCGCGGCCCAGCGCGCUCCAGUCCAGGAUGACAGGGUCCCGAAACUGGCGAGCCACGAGGGACAUGUGUAGGUACCGGCACAACUACCCGGAUCUGGUGGAACGAGACUGCAAUGGGGACACGCCAAACCUGAGUUUCUACAGAAAUGAGAUCCGCUUCCUGCCCAACGGCUGUUUCAUUGAGGACAUUCUUCAGAACUGGAGGGACAACUAUGACCUCCUUGAGGACAAUCACUCCUACAUCCAGUGGCUGUUUCCUCUGCGAGAACCGGGAGUGAACUGGCAUGCCAAGCCCCUCACGCUCAGGGAAGUCGAGGUGUUUAAAAGCUCCCAGGAGAUCCAGGAGAGGCUUGUCCGGGCCUACGAACUCAUGCUGGGCUUCUACGGGAUCCGGCUGGAGGACCGAGGCACAGGCACAGUGGGCCGAGCCCAGAACUACCAGAAGCGCUUCCAGAACCUGAACUGGCGCAGCCACAACAACCUCCGCAUCACGCGCAUCCUCAAGUCGCUGGGUGAGCUGGGCCUUGAGCACUUCCAGGCGCCGCUGGUCCGCUUCUUCCUGGAGGAGACGCUGGUGCGGCGGGAGCUGCCGGGCGUGCGGCAGAGUGCCCUGGACUACUUCAUGUUCGCUGUGCGCUGCCGGAGCCAGCGCCGCCAGCUGGUGCACUUCGCCUGGGAGCACUUCCGGCCCCGCUGCAAGUUUGUCUGGGGGCCCCCAGACAAGCUGCGGAGGUUCAAGCCCAGCUCUCUGCCCCGUCCGCUCGAGGGCUCCAGGAAGGCGGAGGAAGAAGGAAGCCCCGGGGACCCCGACCACAAGGCCAGCACCCAGGGUCGGACCUGUGGGCCAGAGCACAGCAAGGGUAGGGGCAGGGUGGAUGAGGGGCCCCAGCCACGGAGUGUGGAGCCCCAGGAUGCGGGACCCCUGGAGAGGAGCCAGGGGGAUGAGGCAGGGGGCCACAGGGAAGAUGGGCCAGAGCCCCUAAGCCCCAAGGAGAGCAAGAAGAGGAAGCUGGAGCUGAGCCGGCGGGAGCAGCCCCCAACAGAGCCAGGCCCUCACAGUGCCUCGGAGGUGGAGAAGAUCGCUUUGAACUUGGAGGGGUGUGCCCUCAGCCAGGGCAGCCUCAGGACGGGGACCCAGGAAGUGGGGGGCCAGGACCCCGGGGAGGCCGUGCAGCCCUGCCCCCAACCCCUGGGAGCCAGGGUGGCUGACAAGGUGAGGAAGCGGAGGAAGGUGGAUGAGGGUGCUGGGGACAGUGCUGUGGUAGCCAGUGGUGGCUCCCAGACCUUGGCCCUUGCCGGGUGCCCUGCCCCAUUGGGGUACCCCAAGGCUGGACACAGUGAGAACGGGGUUGAGGAGGACACAGAAGGUCGAACGGGGCCCAAAGAAGGUACCCCUGGGAGCCCAUCGGAGACCCCAGGCCCCAGCCCCACAGGACCUGCAGGGGACGAGCCAGCUGAGAGCCCGUCGGAGACCCCAGGCCCCAGCCCAGCAGGACCUGCAGGGGACGAGCCAGCCAAGGCAGGGGAGGCAGCAGAGGUGCAGGACACAGAGGCGAAACCUUCUGCCAAAUCUGGGAAGCCUUAAGGAAAGGAUUGCCCAAUGGCGCGUUGGACCUCUGGCCCUGCUGCAAGGGCUGGGGCCUCCGGAGCUGCUGCGGGCUCCCCUCAGGCUCUGCUCCGUGACCCAUGACCUGCAGUGCUGGCCUCCCGUGGUGGCCACUGUAGCAGCCACCGGAAGGUGUGAGGCCCUCAGGGAAAGCCAAGGCCUGCAGAAGCCUCCUGGCCUGGCUGUGUCUUCCCCACCCAGCUCUCCCCUGCACCCCUGUCUUUGUAAAUUGACCUUUCUCGGGUGGAGGGGGUGGGGGGCAGGGCUGCUUUUCUUAGUCUGGUGCCAAGCAAGGCCUUUUCUGAAUAAACUCGUUUGACUUUGA